AGUAAAAGCAAUUGAAUCAGGGUGUGUUAAUGUUUUGAUAGAACUUCUUCUUGAUUGCAAAGAUAGAAAGCCAUGUGAGAUGAUAUUGGUACUUUUGGAGAAGUUGUGUCAAUGUGCUGAUGGAAGAUAUGAGCUAUUAAACCAUGGUUGUGGUUUAGCAAUUGUUUCAAAGAAGAUUCUGAGAGUUUCAACAUUGGCUAAUGAUAGAGCUGUGAGGAUUCUUCUAUCUGUUUCAAGAUUCUCUGCUACACAUUUUGUUGUUCAAGAAAUGGUGAGAAUUGGUGUUGUUGCUAAGCUCUGUUUGGUUCUUGAAGUUGAUAGUGGAAAUAAGGCUAAGGAAAAAGCAAAAGAGAUACUUAAAUUGCAUGCAAAGUCUUGGAGGAAUUCUCAUUGCAUUCCUUUUAAUUUACUUGCUUCAUACCCAACAAGUUAAGUUGGUGAAAAAGUCUUUUUUUUUAUUUACAAUGAGCUAGGGAUCGAACCCAAGACCUAUAACAUA